CGUCCAUUUCUUCGUGCCAUGAUCACAGAUAUAACACAUGAGAACAAAUUGUGUCAAGUUUCUCACCGCUGUCAUUUGACGAAGUUUCGUUAUUCACUGUAUCGGAUUUGUGUUUCUUAGGUGGUCUUUAAGCGGUUCAAUUAAUUUACUGUUGAAAAAGGUAUGGCGGAUACGACAGUGGACGCUACACGUCGUUUAAAUGUUAAAAAACAAACACUGGACGACGCUUAUGCAGCGCCUGCAAAUUUUCUCGAAAUUGACGUGAUUAAUCCAAUCACACACGGCGUCGGCAAGAAACGGUAUACCGAUUAUGAAGUUCGCAUGAGGACAAAUCUACCAGUUUUUAAAGUAAAAGAUUCCACAGUAAGAAGAAGAUACAGUGAUUUUGAAUGGCUGAGGACUGAACUAGAAAGAGAUAGCAAGAUAGUAGUGCCUCCAUUACCAGGAAAAGCUUGGAAGCGUCAGAUGCCUUUUCGAGGAGAUGAUGGUAUUUUUGAAGAAGAUUUUAUUGAAGAUCGAAGGAAAGGUCUAGAAGCUUUUGUUAAUAAAAUAGCAGGACAUCCAUUAGCACAGAAUGAACGGUGUUUACAUAUGUUUCUGCAAGAACCUGUAAUAGACAAGAACUACGUACCUGGAAAAAUACGUAAUACAUAAGUUACAAUAAGACUUAUUGCAAGUAUAUUUUCCUCCCCACCUUCAAUAUGUAAAGUUAUAUUUGAAAAGUUAUCUUAAAUCUUUAAGUCUAAAAUUUAUUAAGAUCCUUCUGUAUUUAUGCAAUAUUUAAUCGAGCUUUUCACACUGUGAUGUUCAACCAGAAUUUGCUUUGUAAAAAUUGUGUUUCAAACACAACUAAAUAUUUAGAAGGAUCUUAUUAUUCAUAUCAUUAUCAGUCAUAGGGAAAAAUUAACUAAGUUUUUUUUCUUUUAAUCUUUCCUCUUUUAAUAAUACUGUAGUUUGAUAAAAAAACUUAUAACAUUGAUAUUUAUCAUUUUCAGAAAUUGCAAUAUAAUGUUGUAUACAACAAAUCAAUUAAUAUAUAAAUAUACAAAAUUUAUGGAUUGCAAAAUAUGGCUUAAAAAAUAAAAUAUUAAGAUAAAAAUUAUUUAUUUACAAGUUGUUCAAUAGAAAACAUAAUAAUAUGACCUUCUUUAAUAACUUUUUAUCACUCUUUUUUGUAUAUGAAUAGUAUCAAUUUAGUAAAAUAAAUUGAAUAAUUAACUAUACUACAUUGUUUUCUAUUGGAUAACUCGUAAGUAGCAAUAAGUUCAUUUGUAAACAGUGCUAUUGCAAAUAAGUGGAUAAGAUAAAUUGAUUUGAGAAUGAAGGUAAACCUCUUAAAAAUUGUUUAUAAUUUGAUAUUCACUGCAUAAGAAAUACUGUUAAAAAUCUAAAAUUUACUAAACUUAGAUCCUUGUUUAUUAAUGAUAAAAUAUAUAUAUGAUUAAGGUGUUCUGAAUCUUCUUGUUACGCUCCUUGUUUUAUUAUGAGAAUAGGAUACAGGAAUGAUAUUACUUCUGUACUGGAUAUAAAAGUAAAAUUAAUAAUUUGUAUAUAUA